GGAAGGAGGGGGGUGGUGGGUGUGGAGAAAAAAGUGAGAAGGAAAUCCAAACCCUCCCCAGCUGCAGCAGCAAGAAGAGGAGUCCUUGGAAUAUACCCAGAGACUGAGACAGAGAGAGGGGCAAAGGGACCGACAGGCGGCUGGGAGACCCAGCAAAUCACCUCCCCAGCCAGGCAAGCCUCCUGGAGGCCCUUCCAGCCCCACAGCCUGCUCUCCCCUCACUCUGCAGCUUCCCAGAUGAGGCUGAAGGACUGAGCAGGGGGGGUGGCUGUACCCCCACCCCAAGCCAACCCAACCCAACCACACCACACCAGGCCAUUCCCCUCGUCUCGAACCUUGGAAGAAGCUGAGAAGGAAUUCUCGUUCAUGAGGGAGAGGCUGUGCCCCCUCCUCCUCCUCCUCCUUCCUCCUUUUGCUGUUUCCCAGAAAGAACUCCACUCCAACCAGAGUCGUCGUCCCCCCCCUUCUCACUCUUAUUCUUUCUGAGAUUGUGAAUGAUGGACUCUGACUCCAUACUGCAUGACAAGAUAGUGGAAUACAUGAACGCAUCUGGACGCGAUGACCUUAAUGAUGCUGAACCCCCUAAGAAACUUGUUUUGGGAAAGAACACAUUUCAUCAGACAAAACUCAGCAAUGGGACCCCGAGUAUGAUCGCAGUGAAGCAGCAUACACCUUCAAGCAGCUAUGAGAAACAGAAGGAACAGUGUGUGAAAUACUUUGACCAGUGGACAGAAACUGAUCAGGUGGAAUUUGUGGAGAACCUGAUUUCCCGAAUGUGUCACUAUCAGCACGGUCACAUCAAUUCUUACCUGAAACCCAUGCUGCAGAGGGACUUCAUCACGGUGCUCCCAGCCCGUGGCCUGGAUCACAUCGCGGAGAACAUCCUGUCAUUCCUGGAUGCCUGCUCCCUGUGUGCAGCCGAGCUGGUCUGUAAGGAAUGGUACCGGGUCAUCUCGGACGGCAUGCUCUGGAAGAAGCUGAUGGAGCGGAUGGUGCGCACGGAUUCCCUCUGGAAGGGGCUGUCAGAGAGGAGGGGAUGGAUCCAGUAUCUGUUCAAAAACAAGCCCUCUGAUGGGAUCUCCCCUCCAGACUCCUUCUACAGAUCGCUCUAUCCCCAGAUUAUACAGGACAUUGAGACCAUUGAAUCCAACUGGAGGUGUGGUCACCAUGGCUUACACCGCAUCCACUGCCACAGUGAAACCAGCAAAGGUGUUUAUUGUUUACAGUACGAUGAUCAGAAAAUUAUCAGCGGUUUACGAGACAACACUAUCAAGAUUUGGGAGAAGAACACACUGGAAUGUAAGAAUGUUCUGACAGGGCAUACUGGCUCCGUACUGUGUCUGCAGUAUGACGACAAAGUGAUUAUCACUGGCUCCUCAGACUCCACAGUCAGAGUGUGGGAUGUUGGUACAGGUGAGAUGUUAAACACACUGAUCCAUCACUGUGAGGCAGUGCUGCAUCUCCGUUUCACCAACGGGAUGAUGGUCACCUGCUCCAAGGAUCGAUCCAUUGCCGUGUGGGAUAUGAGCACGUCCACGGACAUUACCUUACGCCGGGUCCUGGUUGGUCACAGGGCAGCUGUAAACGUGGUCGAUUUUGAUGAUAAGUACAUUGUAUCUGCUUCAGGAGAUCGCACAAUCAAAGUGUGGAACACUGGCUCCUGUGAGUUUGUCCGAACACUGAAUGGCCAUAAGCGAGGGAUUGCCUGCCUGCAGUACAGGGACAGGCUAGUGGUCAGUGGAUCCUCUGACAACACAAUCCGGUUGUGGGACAUUGAGUGUGGAGCGUGUCUGCGGGUUCUUGAGGGUCAUGAGGAACUCGUUCGGUGUAUUCGUUUUGACAACAAGCGAAUAGUUAGUGGAGCCUAUGACGGGAAGAUAAAAGUCUGGGACCUAAUUGCUGCUUUAGACCCUCGCUCCCCAGCCGGCACACUCUGUCUGCGAACAUUGGUGGAGCAUUCCGGGAGAGUUUUCCGACUGCAGUUUGACGAGUUCCAGAUUGUGAGUAGUUCACAUGACGACACCAUUUUGAUCUGGGAUUUUCUCAAUGUGCCCUUGGAACAAGGUGAUGGAACACAGUCAGCACCCCGCACAUACACCUAUGUUUCCAGAUAGGUGCAGCCUACCCAUCGUCAGAACUAUCACGGAUAUCCAACAUAAAGCUUUUAGGCACUUAAAAAAAAGAAACAAAAUUGAUCCUGAGCCACAUAUUCAUAAAAAGCAGCAGUCAUUGUGAAGGGGACUGGUUUCUCGUGAUGUGGGCCAGCGAGCGGUGAGUGUCAGCUGAACGGAGACUCAGCGUCUACCUGAGCACCGAGAAGGAAUCAAACCCCAGCCAUCAUCACAUCCACGCCAAGAAGGUUUGACUGGAUCUCCACCUCCUGUCCAAGUAACAGCCACCUUACCCAGUUAGUUCUGUACAUGUGUCCGGACUGAUUUCUUGAAGAAUGUUCACUAUGAAGAAGAAAGUGAAAAGGGAACAGUCAGAAACGAUUGUGACGUUGGUUAGAGCUUGUGUUGAAAUGACCAAAUCUGGACUGUUGCAGUCACUGUGUUUCUGUCUCCUCCUCAGGAUCAGAGUAGGCCCAAGUUCCCUGACAGUCGGCCCAGGUUUGAGGUGGAGUUGCUCCCAGUGUCUCAGGAGGAAGCUGUUUGGAGGCGAGCCCUUUUUCCCCGGGGAAUCCGAGGGGAGGUGCUGCCCUGGGAGAGAUUGAAACAAGUUUCUUCCAAGUCAUGCCCCACCUUCAUUGCUGUUGGGAAGUGCAGUUUUACUCAGGCUGACCUGUGAUACCAUGGUCCCCCAGUCACUGGGACAUGAGGGGGAUAUCUGCACCUCCCCAAAGUGGGGCUUCCACACCAGAAUACCAUAGUGUGCUUCCUCAAGUCACUGUGCUAAGUCAGUAAGAGGCUGAUGGUCUCCCAUCUCCUGGAUGUUCACAGAGAAAUACUGGGCUCUGUGAAUGGGUCAUGAGAGGGACCAGUCACUGGGUAUAUCAGCAUGGCCACAAGGACAUUGGGUGCCACCAACUCCACUUGUCCAUCUCAUUAACCCAGGCCAAGUAGGGACCGAAACACAAUCAGGGAGCACGCACACGCACGAAGGGGGUGGGUGGGGUGGGGGGAGAGGAGGAGAGAGAGAGAUACACACAAAUAGAGGCAGACACCUGAAAUUGGGACCAGUCUGAUGCACAUCUGCCCUGGUUCAGCAUGGUCAGGCAUCGCCCCAUUUCGAUCCUGUUUGGGCAUUGGGGGUUGAUUUGGUCUUUCACCUGCUCCCAAACAGUCCCUGAUUCCCAAAUGGAGGACAGAGUCAGGCUGGGCUGGGAUCCAGCCACAGAACUGCUCCCCUGGUUAGGAACCAGAGCCACGUGCUCUGGAGUCACGGGCAGCUGUACCCAGGCGGAGCAAGUGACUGAAUCCUUGUGGCGCACAUGUAACAGAGAUGGGGGCGGGGGGGGUGGCCAAUAGGAGGACGAGCUCAGAGAAAAGGCAACAGUGCAGAUGUGGAUCUCGCCUGGCUGACCUCACCGCUGCUGAUGUUAUAUCGUUGUAUGUGCUCACCUUGUGACUGAGCAAAAGGUGAUGUGUGGUGUCUGCGAGAAGCCAAUGUGCAAUGGAAAGUUCCUCUUGUACAGUUUGUGUAUAGUACCUUGUGUUUAGUUUAUUUUUAAAGGUCUCCUCUAUAAAAGCUUGCUUUUAAUCAUUGA